AUCCCCAAAUUUAAUUAAAUUUUGAUUUGAAAUCCAGAAAAGCACUCUCACUGGUUGCCAUUGGUUGUGUGGGGAAGAAGAGAUCCUGAGUAAGAUAAAUAGUGCUUGUGAAGCUUGCAUUAUCCAUUAAGCCACACACGGCACGAAUGAGGAAAUUUACAAAAGAAAAUUCCCAAAAUAAGAUCCAUGUUAGACUAACAGGAAGGAGAGGCUUCUCUUUCUUUCUUUUGUCUAUUCUAUUCUUCUUUUUCCAACCAGUGAUGAUGGCACAUGGGUGACAUAGCAGUAGCCUUUGCCUUCUUAUAAAUAGUGUGUUGAGGAGUCAAUUUAGACAUGUCUCCUUCUUAGCAGUUAGCUCAAUUAGUAGUUCUUUAUAAGCAUAGUUCUCUUGCUUUCAUUCUCACUCUGCUGAUUUCUUUCAAUGGGGUGUGGUGGAAUCUCAGGGUAAUUUUGUUUGGUUAGAAGGAAAGAUUGAGAGAAAAAUGGAGGGAAAGCCUAAUGGAUAUCAAACCUCCUCUUUUGUUGCUGAUCUUUUCGAUGUCGAGUAGUUGCCAUUGUCAUCAGCAUCAGGAGUUCUUGCAGCAAUGUUUCCUUCUCCACAGAAGGUGGGAAGCAGGACUUCUAGCUCUGGGGAUUGGCUAAAACAGACCAACGGGAAUCAACCACGCCACACCAAGCAAGGAAAUUCAGGAGGGAGCUUGGAGCCUUGUCAUCUGAGUUCGUCUCUAUACUAUGGAGGACAAGAUGGCUAUUCCCAGGCCCCAUCAGGUGGACCAUCCCCACCCCCACCGUCCCCUUUGAAGAAAAGUGGGGAAGAAGAUGAUCCAGAUGGAAACAACUCUCAACCUGUUUCUAGGGGAAACUGGUGGCAAGGUUCCCUUUAUUAUUAGGACCUCUGCCUUGCCUUGGCGGCACAUGAAUCCCCACCUAUUUUCUAAGGAAUUCAUGAAGCAGCAUAGCAGAUGGAUUUGCAUUACACUGUUACUUUUAGUUUGAAAAUGGUGUGGAGUUUUCUGCAUUCCCUUUUCUCAAAUUCCUCGUUUAGAUAUAUAAGCCUUGCUGUUUCUUACAUACUCUACAUAAAUGGUUCUUCCUAAUAAUGAAUGAUAUCUAUGGAUAGUUGCAAAUAAAGCUCUUCCA